AUGGUAAAGGAAGAAUUAAUUGAUACUCGAACAGCAAUUAUGAGGUAUGCUACAGAAGAAGCAGCACUAGACCUGUUACUGCCUUACCAAAGACCAAGUGGUGGCAACAGGUUUGCCACCAUCCCUAAUACUCAAGAACUUCAUCCCAAAGCAGCACUAGACCUGAUACUGCCUUACCAUAGAUCCGAAUUUGAGGGAAUUUUUCGAGCAAUGGAUGGACUUCCAGUGACAAUCCGCCUUUUGGAUCCUCCACUCCAUGAAUUAUUACCCGAAGGUGAUCUGCAACAAAUUGUGAGUCAACUCACUGAGGACACUGGCAUGACUGAGGAUCAAAUUUCUUCAAGGAUCAAGAAUUUAUCUGAAGUGAACCCAAUGCUUGGCUUCAGAGGUUGCAGGCUUGGAAUUUCAUAUUUGGAGCUAACGGAGAUGCAAGUGCGUGCAAUCUUUCAAGCUGGGGUGACUAUGAGCAACCAACAAAUUGGUGCCACUUACAUUCCAGCUGAGAACAUUCGUGAGAGAACAAAAGAAUUGAAAGCUGAUUCAAUACUCAAUGUCCCUGGUUUAUUAGUUAUUGAUACACCUGGCCAUGAGUCCUUCAAGAAUUUAAGGUCUCGGGGUUCUAGUUUAUGUGAUAUUGCCAUUUUGGUUGGUGACAUUAUGCAUGGAUUGGAACCACAGACUAUUGAAUCACUAAAUCUAUUGAGAAUGAGGAAUACAGAGUUCAUUGUGGCCUUGAAUAAGGUUGAAAGAUUAUAUGGGUGGAAAACAUGUCGCAAUGCACCAAUUGGGAAAGCAAUGAAACUUCAGUCCAAAGAUGUUCAACUUGAAUUCGAGCAUAGGCUCACUCAGAUAAUUACAUAA